AUGAUGGGGAAUUUCAAUGAUGAUCCCGAGGCUAUUAUGCAGGAUGCACUCAAGCAUGCCGGAAUAGCAACGCAUGGAAAGAAUGAAGGACAAAAGGGACUUUAUAGCGAUGAAGAGAUGGCCAUGCUAUUAGAGCAGCAAUUUUUACAGCCAAAAUUGAAAGUAGAAGAUUCACUUUUGGGAUCAUCCCAAAUUCAUUGGGACCGUCAGCCUGAUAUUCAAAGCUUGCUGCCCAUUCAGCUGACCCCAUUCCCUACCAAACUCAUCCUCAAUCGUAAAGGCCUACAAGGUGAAGUUGUCGGAUUGAAGGAAGUGCCUGCACAAUCUACACGCACAACGGUCAAACUUGGCGAAAGUAGCUCGAACUCUGCUUCGAAACAACAAACUAAGCAAGGCACAAUUACUUCAAUCACACGAAGCUCGGCCUCAUCUGCUGCAGCCCAUAACGGUGCUCAUUUUGUACGGGGUAAGAUUGGACAAAGGAUGUUCGUUCCGGGCGGACUGGAAAACGAGAUUGUAGCAGGUGCUGAAGAUGAAGAUGACGAGGACGAAGAAGCUAAAGAGCAAGAUUUUAUUGCCAGACAAGUCGCAUCGAUAGAAAAGGAGAUUGGAAAGGGAAUCGGAUUGAGCACUCAUGUUCCUGGCUUUCGUCGCAAAUAUAGAAAAGGUGGCGCUUCUAUCGAAGAAGACUUGGACGAAGAUGAAGGUGAUGGAGUGGAUGCUUCAGAGUUUGUCGGCUUACAGCUGCAAGAUCCUCGAGCAGGUCUUCAGUCUAACAAGAGAUCUUCUUCAGACGAAAAUGUUGGAAAGGAAGCGGAGUCCAAGUCCUCAAAUGCCAUACAGCAAGAAUUCGAUGCAGAUAUAGAUGAGCUCUUACCGAUACAACGGCCUUCUGCAUCCCAAAAACCAGAUCGGAAAAUGCUCGAAGCAAAGCGAGAUUGGGCUCACGUCGUUGACAUGAACCGAAAGAUGACAAACUUUCAUCAGUUGGUCCCUGAUAUGGCACACAAAUAUCCAUUUGAGCUGGAUGAUUUCCAAAAGGAAGCCGUUUACCAUCUUGAACAGGGCGAUAGCGUAUUUGUUGCAGCGCAUACAUCUGCCGGUAAGACUGUUGUGGCUGAAUAUGCCAUCUCUUUGGCGACCAAGCAUAUGACAAGAUGCAUCUAUACAUCUCCCAUCAAAGCUCUUUCGAAUCAAAAGUUCCGUGACUUCAAACAGACGUAUGGAGCGGAGAAUGUGGGUAUUCUCACUGGAGAUGUACAAAUCAACCCUGAAGCACCGUGUCUGAUCAUGACAACGGAAAUCUUGCGAAGUAUGUUGUAUCGAGGAGCAGACCUUAUCCGUGAUGUUGAAUUUGUCAUCUUUGAUGAAGUGCAUUAUGUCAACGAUCAAGAACGUGGUGUUGUAUGGGAAGAAGUGAUCAUUCUUUGUCCUCAACAUAUCAGUCUCAUCCUUUUGUCGGCCACAGUUCCCAACACUAAGGAAUUCGCCGAUUGGGUCGGACGGACGAAGAAGAAAGAUAUAUACGUUAUCAGUACACCAAAACGUCCCGUGCCACUCGAGCACUUCCUUUACGCUGGUAAAGACAUGCACAAGAUUGUUGAUGCUCGUGGACAGUUCCUUGGUCAAGGCAUUAAAGAAGCGGGUGAUGCUAUCAAAAGAAGACAAGAUAAGGAUCGGGAAGUCAAUGGUCUGCCACCUAUCAAUGCUCCACAGCGAGGAGGAGGCCGUGGACAAAGGGGUGGACCUGGCCAACGAGGUGCUGUACCUGCAAGACGUGCUAUGCCAAGAGGAAGAGGCGGAGGAGGCAACUUUUCCGGUGGAGGUCAAUCUGGCAGGGGAGAUAAGAGUCUUUGGGUUCAUUUGAUCGGCAUGCUGAAGAAAAAGGAAUUGCUGCCGGUGGUAACGUUUGUCUUCUCGAAGAAACGUUGCGAAGAAAAUGCAAGCAGUCUGCCGAAUACUGAUCUCUGUACGGCAAAGGAAAAAAGUGAGGUUCACAUCGUGAUUGAAAGAAGCUUGACACGACUCAAAGGCACCGACAAAGAAUUGCCGCAAAUUGCACGUAUGCGAGACCUAUUGAGUAGAGGUAUAGGAGUCCAUCAUGGAGGUUUGCUUCCGAUUGUCAAGGAAGUUGUGGAAAUCUUAUUCCAAAGAGGGCUUGUUAAAGUUCUAUUCGCGACAGAGACUUUUGCAAUGGGUGUCAAUAUGCCUGCUCGUAGUGUCGUCUUUUCUGGAAUCCGUAAACAUGACGGCCAUAGUUUCAGGGAAUUAUUGGCUGGUGAAUAUACCCAAAUGUCUGGUCGUGCAGGUCGUCGUGGUUUGGAUGCCACGGGUGUGGUGAUCAUCAAUGCUGCAGACGAAUUGCCGGAAACAGAAGUUCUCCACAAAAUGUUGCUAGGCUCAGCGACCAAGCUGAAGAGUCAGUUCCGCUUGACCUAUAACAUGAUUCUCAAUCUUUUACGAGUCGAAGCACUAAAGGUGGAAGAGAUGAUCAAAAGAAGCUUUUCAGAAAAUGCGUCUCAACGUUUAUUGCCGGACCAACAAAAGAAAGUCAAAGAGAUUGAGAAGCAUUUGGCAAGUUUGCCUGCAAUGCCGUCCGAAGAGCGUGCUGCAAAGCUUGAUACUUAUUACGACAUGAGCCUUAGCGCGAGCAUUGCAAAUCAGAAUGUUUUGCAACUUGCACUUCAACAGGCGCAAGGAAGCAAGAACUUCAACCCUGGACGUUUGAUCAUUCUCCAUGAUUCUCAUUUUGCCUCAUUCUCGCCUGCAGUUUUGGUCAAGCAAGUUAGCAAGGAAGAAUUUUUAGUAUUGGCUGCCGUCUCUGAAGAUCGUAAGAACGGUAAGCUUGAUUCCAAGUUCGAACGUGUUCCGCCUCUAUGGCCGCCUUCUCUGCACGGGUAUUCUACCGAAGGUCUUGUUUACGAUCUUCGUGAAGUGCCGCUUUCGAGUAUCUGCAUGCUUACCGAAUUUGAUCUCAAGAUUGAACAAUCGAUGAUUAUGGCACUGAGAAUUUCAGCUAUGCAGCGAACGGUGGGAUUGAUGGUACCAUUGAUUAAGCAAAUCGCAAAAAGUGAAAAGGUACCGGAAGUGGAUUGGAGCAAGAUGCGAAGAAUUGAUUUCCAGGAACUAUUGCAACAAAGGUCUCAGUAUAAUGAUCAGGUCUUUAAGUUCAUCAAGACUUCAGGGUCAGGUCUGACAGACGAAGCAACAUUUGAGCGAGAAUAUGCUAUGAUGCAUCAACGCAAACAAUUGCUCGUACAGAUCUCUCGAUUGAACCGUGCGAUAUCGGAUGAGAACUUGGAAUUGUUACCGGAUUACCACCAACGAAUCGAAGUGUUGAAGCGCUUGCACUUUAUUGACAAUCAACAUGAAAAUGUUUUGCUCAAGGGUAGAGUUGCAUGUGAGAUCAAUUCGAUUGACGAGCUGGUAACGACUGAACUGAUCUUGGAUAAUUUCUGGACACAAUACGAACCCGAAGAAGUGGUCGGUCUGCUCUCUUGUUUGGUCUUCAAGGAAAAGGCAGAAGGCGAAGUAGAGCUAGAAGGAAAGUUGGCAGAGGGAUAUGCAGCAAUCGUUCAAACUGCUGAACGGAUUUCCGCCGUUCAAGCACAAUGUCAAUUGAACCAUGAAGAUUAUGAGAGAUCACUUAAAACGCACAUGGUACCUGUUGCGUAUGCAUGGGCACGCGGAACACCUUUUGCGGAAAUUUGUCAAAUGACAGAAAUCGCAGAAGGAACGAUUGUGCGUGUGAUCACAAGAUUGGAUGAAUCUUGUCGCGAAUUACGAGAUGCGGCAAGAGUGAUUGGUGAUGCUGAUUUAUGGGCAAAGAUGGAGAAGUGUAUGGAAUUGAUCAGACGUGAUAUCGUCUUUGCGGCCAGUUUGUACUUCUAAACAAUCAAUCAAUCAUUUGUAUAGC